GAGUACCCAGACUAUUAUGAAGUGAUAAAACGGCCCAUUGACCUGGACCGCAUCUCACAGAAGCUGAAGUCUUCACAAUAUGAGGGCCUGGAUGACAUGGUGUCUGAUUUUGUGCUCAUGUUUGACAAUGCCUGCAAAUAUAAUGAGCCUGAUUCGCAAAUUUACAAGGAUGCCCUGAUGCUACAGAGGGUGGCUCUUCAAACUAAGCUGCAGUUGCGUGAAGAUGAAGAAGCUGUGCCAGAUGUCACUGCAGCAGUCCAGGAGCUACUCACAUCACUCUUCAUCUCAAUAUAUAAUCACCAGGAUGAAGAGGGUCGCUGUUUCUCUGACUCUAUGGCUGAAUUGCCAGAACAUGAUGAAAUUGAUGGUUCAAA